AUGACUCACUACAUUCCACUUUUGCUUCAAAGGAUUGUAAUGGAGUUAUUCCAAAAUGAGGUUCCGAUAACUGCAGAAAACUUUAGAGCUCUUUGCACGGGUGAGAAAGGGGUUGGAAAACAAAGUAACAUGCCCCUCCAUUACCGUGGUUCCAUUUUUCAUAGAAUAAUUAAAGGGUUUAUGAUCCAGGGUGGAGAUUUUACUCGAAGAAAUGGCACUGGUGGUGAAAGCAUUUAUGGAGGUACCUUUGCUGAUGAGAGUAUGCGUCGCAAGCAUGAUCAGGAAGGACUGCUGACCAUGGCAAAUAAAGGUCCAAAUACUAAUAAUUCGCAGUUUGUAAUAACUGUACGGCCUGCGCCACAUUUGGACGGUAAACACGUUGUUUUUGGGAAAGUCGUUGGCGGCUAUGAGGUUGUUAAGGCAAUUGAGAGUACACCAACAGAUGAACAUGAUCGUCCUAUUGGCAUUGUUAUGAUAGCACAAUGCGGAGAAUUGGAAUUAAAGCUACCUCCUAAUUUAAAGGUAAUUAAAGAUAAAACUAAUCAAAUUGUCAAAGAGGAAGAUGAAUCAACCUCAAGUGCAUCAGAAUCCGAAGAUAACAAGAAAAAAAAAAAUCGUAAGAAGUCCAAGAAAUCUUCUCGAAGUGUUAGCAGAGAAAGAAAGCGUAGACCAAGAAGUAGAUCCAAAUCUCCCGUUAGAGAAAUUACCAAGCCCGAUGAUGAUACACAUCUAAAGUCGACGAAUGGUGACGGCAAGAAGCAGGAGAGACCUCGAUCGAAAACUCCUGUUUUUCGUCGUGAUUCGCACUCACUUUCUCGUUCUAGGUCUGUUACUCGUCGUAAAUCCCAUUCCAAGUCUCGCUCGAUAGAACGUUCCGUCUCCAGAUCGCGUACUCGUCGGACACGUUCUCGCAGUAGAAGUUUGCCCAUUCGUCGUAGAAUGGAUAGCUACAGACCGACUGACACUUACAUUCCAUCUCGUGAUAAGCGAUUAUCGGGUCGUCUUCGAGAUCGUGUGAGAACACGUAGUCGUGACCAGAGUCGAAAUCAUGAUCAAAACCGGAGCCGAGAUCGGAGCAGGGGUCGGUAUAAAACUCGUAGUCGCGAACGCAGCCAUAGCAGGGACCAAAGUCGUGGUAGAAGCCGUGACAAAAGCUUUAGUAGGGAUGCGUCUCGAAGUCGUGAAAAAAAUCACGCUAAAAAUUAUGAACGUACUGGAAGCCCCAAUCGUGAUAAAAUUUCUAUCAGAAAACGUCAUCAAAGUCGGAGUAAAAGUCCCGAACACUUUAGGGAACAGGAUGAAAGCAUCAAUCGUAGCAGAAGUCCUGACAGAGAUGGGAAUCGCAGUCGCUCUAGAGAACGGAAAGAUAAGACAGAAAGAUCAUAUGACAAAUCGCGUAAACUUGAUUUGGAUGCAAAUAAUGAACCCACAUUGGAAAAAAACAGUAGAUCAAGGUCUAGAUCUCCACCCGUUAAAUACAAAGGCAGGGGAAAAUUGAAAUAUUUUUCUUCAAUGAACGCAUGGUAA